AUGGGCAUCGUGGAGACGUUUCUUCCUAAGGAUGACCGGCAGGUCUUCGCGGCGUUGUUACUAUAUGGCAUGGUCUUUUCGACCUGUUUCAACGGUUAUGAUGCCGGUAUCAUGACCGUCAUUCUGGCCGAUGAUCAGUUCAUCAAUUACUAUGGGAUCAAUGCCGCGAAAUCUGGGCUGGUGGCUGUCAUACCCUGGGCCAUGACCGGCAAGUCUCUAUGCACACUUUUCAGAUCGAUUAUAUCUAAUUUGGUGGACAGGUGUGGCCCAAGUCUACCUUGGAGAAUUGUCGAGGUUGUUCCAAACAGCUUUGGGGUUUUAAUUCUGGGUCGACUUUUGACUGGUCUGGGAUUCGGCUGUGUCUAUAUCGCAACCAAUCUUUAUGUCGCGGAAUGCGCACCAACCAGGCUUCGAGGCAGUUUUGUCGGUACCGUGUCCCAGUUUGGCUAUCAACUGGGCACGCUCAUCGCCUUCUGGGCUGGCUAUGGAAUGUCCUUCCACAAGCACCCUUAUAAUAUCGCAUGGCGGGUAUCAAACAUCAUCCAAAUUCCCAUCGGAAUUGCUUUUAUCUUCGUCUCUUUCUUUUACCCCGAAAGUCCCCGGUUUAUGCUGGAAAAGUACCCCGAGACACCCGAGCGAGCGAUGCAGGCGUUGAGCCGACUAAGAUCAGGCGCCCCUACGGAUGAGCGUAUUCGGACUGAAUUCCAUGAAUUGGUUGCCUCUCAUGAGUUCCGCCGUCGAUAUGACCCAGGGUACAUUGGUCUGAUCAAAGACAAAAGUAUGCGAAAGCGUCUUGCAUACGGGUUCUAUGCGGCAAGUCUUCAGCAGGUCGGUGGCAUUGCCUCACUCACUAUGUAUGCCACACUCAUCUAUGAGAGUCUUGGGUGGGAUGCUGGCUCACAGGCACUUGCUAUAAAUGGCAUCCAGUCCUGUCUCCAAUUGCUUAUCGUGCUGGUGAACACUUUUACUGUGGAUCGUUUUGGUCGGCGAAGUCUUCUGAUGGCUGGCUUUACGAUUCAAGCCAUAGCACUUUUGAUCAUGGCCUCUCUCUGCACCGCGUUUCCUUCGAAUGGAAACAGAGCCGCUGCUAUCGUGGAAGUCGCUAUGCUGUUUAUCGUUGGCUUAACUUACUGUUGGUCCAACGGCCCCAUUGCUCCCGCGAUUGUUUCAGAAAUCUUCCCUCAGCAUGUUCGAGACAAGGGGUUUGGCUUGUCAAUGCUUGGUCAAACAUGUUGGCUUAUCUUGCUGACGGAGUCCUGGCCUUCGUUCAAUGCUAAAGUUGGGGGGAAGAGCUACUGGUUGCUAUUUGGCCUCAAUGUGCUUGCCGGGCUUUCCGUCUUCUUCAUUCUUCCCGAGACCAAGGGUGUUUCCCUGGAACGGAUGGAGAAGAUCUUCGGAGGCUUAGAUUUCGUCGAGGCGGGCGAGUCUGAAGGAGGCUCGGAGAAGCGUGAGGCUCGUGCGUUGGUCGCCGACGAUAUCAAUGAGAAGAAUGAGAAGACCCCCGCCAGUCAUUUAGAGGGCAUCCCCGCCGUCGUCCCGGGACUGGAAAGAUCUAUGGCCUAA